AUGUCAAAAAGAUAUCUUAAUGUUGAAUACGCUGGAACCAGAACCAGAAUCGACAUUACUGACUUUGAAGACCUGAGUGACGCUCAGGAUGCCAUCAAGGCAAAGUAUGGCCCUGCUAUGGCUGACAUUGGUGCUCCUCAACUCCAGCUCUACGACCAACAAGGCCAGCUUAUCGCAGACCUAGAUGACAUAGCAAUUGAAAACACUCCGCAAUACUACAAGAAACGUACUCGAGGAGGCUCCUGUGUUGUUAUUGGUGUUUUACCUUUACCUCCAAGACAACCUACUCAAACUGACCUAGAUUCAGCAUCUGCUGCAGCCUCGACCUCUCACUUACCAGCAGAGGAAGGCUCCUCUCGCAAACGACAACGUACCGAGCCUGAAUCUGAAAUCAAUGAUUUGACAGCCCAGUUCAAGUUGUUUGCAAACAGUCGGUUGGAUAAAAGAUGCAUUCAGUCUCAAGACCAAAAACUGCUCCCAUAUCCUCAAAACGAAGUUCAAAAAUUAUAUGUCAGAAAGUGCUAUAAAGAUGUCUUUAAAUUGCUUCUGGCUCAAAUUGGUGAUAAGAAGAAAUCAUUUGCAAUAUCUGGGACGCCGGGCAUUGGAAAGUCGCUAUUCUUUGUCUACAUUUUGUACCGCCUGAUCAAGGGCUCUCGUAAGAAAACUCUGUCUCUAAAGCCAAACCGAAUUGUUUAUCAAGUGGGAUCUACGUACGAAUGCUUUGACUUGCAACAACAAUUCGUCGCCAGGACCACGAGGUUUGAUGCGGAGGAAUUGGUUAGGAAACAAGAUACAUUCUACGUUAUUGAUGGACGAACGUCUGAACCGCUCGUUUCGUCUUGUAUUGUCUUGUUCAUUUCAUCCCCCCGUUCGGAAUGGUACAAGGAAUUUGUGAAGCAGAAGAUGGCCAAGGAAUGGUAUUUUCCUGUUUGGACUUUCAAAGAGUUACAGGCUUGUUGGCUCCACUGCUAUCCGGAUUUGCGCUCUAAAACCUUCAAAAAGAGAUAUCGCAUCUAUGGUGGUGUAGCUCGUUCUGUCUUUGAUACUUCAUCAGAUCCAAUCAAGAAAGCUUUGGCCGACGUUAAUGCAGUCAAAGGGACACAAAGCAUUGGAGAACUGACCAAAGCAUUUACGACAUCUCACACUUUGCUUCAUGUUAUUGUGUCAGACGACGGGAAGUACGAAUUCUUGCAUCUUGAUAUCGCUUCAAAAUAUGUUGGAGAAAAACUCUGGCAACGUCAUUCUUCUCAAAUGAUUACCAAUAUACAGGUAAUGCUUGGUACUCCAGACGAGAUUUCAAGAUAUUUUUUCGAGAUAUACGGACACAGGGUUUUUUCUACUGGUAGGAAAACUCUCAAAUGCAGAUGCCUGGAAGAUGGUAAAGCGACAAAGAUUACUUUGGAUGCACUCAAUGGUCAACGAACUACAUUUGGAAGAGAUACUAUCCCUACUGCUGCAGCACUUAAUGGCAACUAUUACGAACCGACAGAUGACGAUAAUUUUCCAGCAAUUGAUUCACUCAGUCAACAGGGAAUGUUUCAAUUUACAGUUGCUGCUGAACAUCCAAUUCGCGGAGUUGAUAUUCUUACACAACUGUGCAAUUUGUAUGAUGAACCCAAACUUUAUUUUGUGGUUCCACCUCAUCGGUUUAAAGGGUUCAAAAAGCAGACUUUCAAAGCAAAGAAAGGCACAGAGCAGGUACAACCCAUUCCUGGAUUGAAACAAUACGUUAUAAAACUCCCUCUAAUGUAAUCAGAUUUGAAGAGUAGAAAGUGGUAGUUGUAUUUUACAACUGAAAUGGCAUAUUUUCAAUCAUUCCAACCAUUCCAAUUAUUUGAUAAUUCAAUGUUAAUACAACUGGCAUCAUAC